AUGCUUAUUAUAAUUUUUACAGACGCGGAUGUCUGUUACAAUGGUACAUGUGUGAACAAUAUUUGUGUUGCUUUACCGAGCACCACAACGGUGUCAGAAAGUGAAACAGAUAUUUCUAAGACGGCAGAACUUGAAACAAAUAAAAUUACAAUUCCUGGUAAAAUUGUGCAUGAUGACGUGAUUGUUGGAAAGGAUAAUGUUGCUUCAAAUUUGACGACGAAAAAGUCGAAAGGUGCUGAAACACUUGCUACAACGAAUGAAUUCGCAACGUCUGAACUUUAUAAACCAGCAAAAACAACGAUUGAUUCGGCUAAAGAAAAAAUUGUGAAGGAUGCUACAACUUCUUUUGUAUCUAAUCAAGGAUCAAUUACAACAUCUAUGCCAACUAAACCAGAGGAAUUCACAAAGUCUGACCCCAAUAAACUAACAAAUCCUUCAUUAAUAGAUGAUGGUAAAGAAACUAAAUCAACGGACUUACCUACAACAACAAAAAUGCCAUCAAAAACAAAAAAUAAAAAACUAAAAAAACAUUCACUAAUUACAAAAAAACAAAAAAAGACUCCAUCCAUAGCUAAUAAAAAAUCGCUUACAACUCCCAAACCAACCAUCCCAACAACUCCUCCUUUAGCUGACAAACCCCUCCAAAAUUCUGAAGAUGGUCCUUCCAACCUGAAAUUUAGUCUAAAUCUAAACAAUCAAAUGAAGGAUUUUUUGAUGAUUAUAAUUGGCCCUCAGAAGAGAGAAGAAGUUAAUGGGAAAAAAUAA